AUGCAGUUCUCUACCAUCAGCAUCCUUGCCAUCGCUGCUUUUAUCCCCACAGUUCUCGCUCAGAACACCUGCAAGUGUGCUGGCAAGGCCUCUGACCAGAGCUCAAUCAACGACAUUACGAAAGCAUGCUGCGUUACAGCGAGUUACAGCGGAAAGGUUUUGGAAGGCACUUACAAAUCCGACGGAACUUGCGACUACUCCAACAACAGUCAAUUCAAGUCACUUAGUGCCGACGCUGCCACUUCGGGAUUCAGCGCUUGUUGCAAGGGGACCACUUUCAAGGAAGGUUCUAGUGCCACCGGAGGAUCGUGCAGCAAAUAA